AUGAGUCUCUUCUCGUCGUUUAUUAUUGACCCCGUUGUGCGCCAUGCACGGCGGUUCUCAGGUGUUGGCGAAGGGAAUCAUGACGGAGCACGGUCUCUAGCAUGUGAUAAUCACGACUCUGCAUCUGCACCUGUCCCACGGCCGGCUCACGAAACGGACGCGGACCCGGCGAGCGCACAUGAUAGAAACAUUACCGACGCAACUGGGGCCCGGCCCAUCGCCCUGAUGGAUCGAGUCCGACGUUACUCGUCCUUCUCGCAGCGGCCUCGCAGUGCUGCUGUUGUUGACGAGGAGCAGAGCCAUGACGAUCUGCCAAUAGACACCCCAGUCGAAAUGUCCGCGAAUCCAUCCCGCACCCUCGCAGAUCAGUUCCGUCACCUCGAUGUAGACUCUACUGCGCCGUCGCCCACGUCGCUCCAACACCCGGCCAGCACUCGUAGCCAGAAUGUGAGCGCCAUGUCAGAGUUGCUCCCCGCAGACGAUGGCAUGGCCCAUCUCCGCAUGCGCAUCCAUGAAAUCAGGGCCCUGAGCAUAUCCGAUCAGGAGCGUGCCCGCAUGAUACACAACCUGAUGACGGAGAAGUACAACCACAUGCGACCCACGUCGCCAGCGAGCUUCGUAUCACACGACCGCCCUUUUACUCCGACCUCCGGACAGUCCCUCUUCUCCGACAUCCAUGCCUCGUCGCCGUACUCGUCUUCGUCUACAACCGACGUCACUCCCGACAUCUCGUACAAUCUUCGAGAGGGCGACGCGAACCCGACAUAUCGACCCCAUCACGACCACGCCGGUGCAGAGCACGGCGAAGACGACGAUGACGACACUGCCGAAGGAGAACUCGUUCUUGGUUGCCAGCACUACAAGCGCAAUGUCAAAGUACAAUGCUUUGAAUGUCGCCGCUGGUACACGUGUCGGCACUGCCACGAUGCCGCUGAGGACCACAACCUGAACAGGAAGAUGACACAGAACAUGCUGUGCAUGGCGUGCGGCACCCCUCAGCCAGCAGCCGAGGUCUGCAAGAACUGUGAGACUGAGGCCGCAUGUUACUACUGUGACAUUUGCAAGCUCUGGGACAACAAUAGCAAGAAGAAGAUCUACCACUGCCCAGACUGUGGCAUCUGCCGACGAGGAGAAGGCCUGGGUAAGGAUUUCUAUCACUGCAAGAGCUGCAAUGUUUGCAUAUCCAUCUCUCAUGCAACCUCGCACAAAUGCCUCCCGCGGGCUACUGAGGGCGAUUGUCCGAUUUGCGGCGAUCAUCUCUUCACGUCGUCCACCGCUGUAGUCUCCAUGCCUUGCGGGCAUUACUUGCACAAAGGAUGCUACAAUCUUUACAUGCAGACUGCGUACAAGUGCCCAAUUUGCAAGAAGAGCGCUGUGUGUAUGGAUCUGCAGUGGCAGAAGUUGACUCAAGCAAUCGAGGGUCAGCCGAUGCCAGAACAAUUUGCAAAUACCCGAGCAGUCGUUCAGUGCAACGAUUGCUCAGCCAAGUCUUCCGUCAAAUACCACUGGCUCGGAAACCAAUGCGGUACAUGCGAUUCAUAUAAUACGAACGAACUUCGUAUUUUGAAUGGACCAGAGAGUGAAGAGGCUGCCAACGCGAUACUGGAUGCCGAUCUUGACUCAGGCUCGAGAUCACCCGCGAGCGUUAGUUCGCCCUCCUCCCAAGCACCGUUACGUUCACCUCGAUACUACUUUCAACCAGAUGAGCCAGAAGAAACAUGGCUACCAGGUCAGCUGCCCUCUUUCCCUUUCCAGAUGCCACAGUUUCCAGGCAGACCACGCAUGCCACAGAUGCCUCAGAUGCCACAGUUCCCAUCUUUACCGCAGUUUCCACCGCUGCCGAAUUUUCCACAGAUACCGCAAUUUCCACAAAUGCCUCAGAUGCCUCAAAUGCCUGAUGCUGCACAGCAGAUGCUUGAACGUGUGCGUCGAUCAUUCGAUGCCUAUCUUAAUCCAACGGGGGAUGUCCGAGCAGAAGACGUACCAUUCAUCGAUCUCGGUAGCGACGACCGUACUGAGCGUCCGGCUACAGAUGGCACAACGGUCAAGGAACCAUCACUACCGCAAUACGUUUUGGAACGCUUCACCCAGUCUCUCGUCCGCUUCAGGAACGACCUGAACCCGGCUUUGUUCGAAGAGAUUCCAACAUUGGAUCUCUCAGAAGAUCGUGAUCCCGAAGGAUUGCAAUUUUGGGGCGAAGAUGGUGGACGACUGAAUCGCUUCGUUGCAGGCGACGAAGACGAAGAUGAAGAAGACGAUGACGACAGUAGCAGUGAUGAAAGCGAACACCACGAUGAUGAAGACGAUGAAGACGAAUGUGUCGAAGUCAACGUUAAAAAGCGCGGCAAGGAGUUUGAUUUGCCAGGGCAUGUGUAA